AUGGGACUCAGGCUGAAGUAUGUCAGUUUGGAAGCAGAUGAAAACCAUAAAACCCAUAACACUCUUGGACUGAGCUCCAAACACUUGGUGGUACGGAGAGGACAACCUUUUAAAAUCAAACUCCUCUUUCAGGACCAAAGCUUGGACCCAGUCAGAGACACCUUAAUUUUCCAUGUGUCACUAGGUGACUUGGCAGUAGAGCUUCAUAGCGUCAUUUCUAAAAAUGGAUGCAGUGCCAACUGGGCUGCGUGGAUUCAUCCAGGGGAGAUAUACCCCAGAUCAGUGGUGGUCAACAUCUGUACCUCCUGCCAGGCCCCUCUGGGCCUCUAUGACCUUCAGGUUCACACGCUGAAUUCAAGUGGCCAACAUGUGUAUGUUAUCGGGCACUUUGUCCUGCUCUACAAUCCAUGGCAUCCAUAUGAUACUGUUUACAUUCCUUCUGAGGAGCAGAGGGAGGAAUAUGUGAAAAAUGAUACUGGUAUUCUAUAUGUUGGGACCCCUCAUAAUGUCAUUCGGCGACCUUGGUCAUUUGGUCAGUAUGAUGGAGAGAUCUUGGAGAUUUGUCUGAACCUCCUGCAAAUCAGUCCUCAGCACAGUGAACAUUCACUACGGGACUAUGUCCACAGAUCUGACCCAGUCUAUCUUAGCAGGGUGGUGUGUGCCAUGAUCAAUAGUGAGGAUGAUAGAGGUGUAUUGAAAGGGAACUGGUCUGGAACCUAUGGCAAUGGGGUAAACCCAUCAGACUGGACUGGGAGUGUGGAGAUCCUGAAGCUCUGGGCCAAAACCCAUUUCAGCCCAGUGUGCUAUGGACAAUGUUGGGUCUUUGCCUCAGUCAUGUGCACAGUCAUGAGGGUGUUUGGAAUUCCAUGUCGGGUUGUCACCAUCUUCAACUCAGCACAUGACACCAAUGCGAACCUUGUGAUUGAGGAGUUUUACACUGACAAAGGAGAAAAGUUGCACCACUCUAGAGACAGUAUAUGGAAUUUCCACCUGUGGUGCGAGUGCUGGAUGUCCCGUCCUGACUUAGUUCAAGAGUUUGAUGGCUGGCAGGUCCUGGACCCAACACCACAGGAGAAAAGUAGAGGGAAGUACUGUUGUGGACCUUGUCCCGUGAGAGGCAUCAGAAGACGAAGUGUCAACCUGCCCUAUGAUGCCCCUUUCAUUUAUGCCUCUGUGAAUGCAGACGUGCUCACGGUCAUGGUGAAAAAUGGUGUCAUGGUGGGAAGGAGCAUAGACAGGAACCGAGUGGGUUCUCAUAUCUACACAAAGAGAGUGGGUUCUGAUGAACCCCAAAGCCUCAUAUGCUCUUACAAAUGUGUCAAUGGAACAACCCAAAGUUUGGCAGUUUCGCUGCAGUUGGACAGAGUGCCUGUGUUUGGGGAGGAUAUUAUGAUGUCAGUCACUUUGACAAACAGAGGCAGAAGCCCCAGAGUCCUCAGGGAACACGUCAAUGCCCAGGCCAAAGAAUAUAAUGGCACUGCUCUGCACACUUUUUGGGAAGUGCACAACCGACUACGCAUUUUACCUGGUCAAGUUUUUGCCAUCAAGCAUCAGAUUCCUCAUUGUCGGUAUGAACAUGUGCUGGGUGGAGAUUGUCUGGUGAAUGCAGCGGUGGUUAUCGAAGACGAACAGACACAAGAGCGGGCCUUGGCAUCAGAGGAGUUCAACGUCAACACCCCACAGAUUUCAAUAGAGGUCACGGGUGGAGACAGAGUGCUCAGGAACCAGGAACAGAUGGCCGUUAUUAGCUUCACCAACAUGCUUGGGAUGGCCCUAACUGGAAUUGUGUUGAUAGUGGAAGGCUCAGGGCAGACUAUGAGAAGAGAGGUGACCUUCAAGCCCACGGCACUUGGCAUCAAGAUGCUGCAUGCCAGCGUGGCAUUUAAAAACUGCCAAGCCAUCAUCAGAGGCUUUCUCAAAGUCACAGUCACAGCCACAUGA